UCUCCUGCCCCGUCGGCGCUGCCCACGGCGAGCCCUCUCCCAGCCAACGACUCCCAGUGCGGAGAGCAAAUCCUCAGCUACGGCAACGUGGAGAAAGUUCUCAUCGGGGCCGUGCUCUGCCUCAUCACCCUUCUGACCAUCGCCGGCAACUGCCUGGUGGUAAUCUCUGUCUGCUUCGUGAAGAAGCUGCGGCAGCCCUCCAACUAUCUCAUCGUCUCGCUGGCCCUGGCAGAUCUCUCGGUGGCCCUGGCCGUCAUGCCCUUCGUCAGCGUCACCGACCUUAUCGGCGGCGAGUGGAUCUUCGGGCGUCUCUUCUGCAACGUCUUCAUCGCCAUGGAUGUCAUGUGCUGCACGGCCUCCAUCAUGACCCUCUGCGUGAUAAGUAUCGACAGGUACCUGGGAAUAACGAGACCUCUUACGUACCCUGUGAGGCAGAAUGGGAAGUGUAUGGCCAAAAUGAUCCUGUGUGUAUGGCUUUUAUCUGCCUCUAUCACUAUACCCCCGCUCUUCGGUUGGGCCCAAAACGUAAAUGACGAAAAGGUUUGUCUGAUCAGUCAAGACUUCGGCUACACCAUUUACUCCACAGCAGUUGCAUUUUAUAUCCCCAUGUCAGUGAUGCUUUUCAUGUACUAUCAGAUUUACAAAGCUGCCAAGAGGAGUGCUGCUAAACACAAGUUUACUGGUUUUCCCCGUCUGGAAGAAACGGAAGGGAUUUCUAUGAACGGAGUUGUAAAACUGCACAAGGAAUCUGAAGAAUGUGCUAAUUUUUCACGACUCCUAAAGCACGACAAGAAAAACAUUUCCAUCUUUAAAAGAGAACAGAAAGCUGCCACUACCCUUGGGAUUAUUGUUGGGGCUUUCACUGUCUGCUGGCUGCCCUUUUUCCUCCUCUCAACUGCAAGGCCCUUCAUCUGCGGGACGUCAUGCAGCUGUAUCCCACUCUGGGUUGAGAGAACCUUUCUAUGGUUGGGCUAUGCAAACUCUCUCAUUAACCCUUUUAUAUAUGCCUUCUUCAACCGAGACUUGAGGACAACUUAUCGCAACCUCCUGCAGUGCAGAUACAGGAAUAUCAACCGGAAACUGUCAGCUGCAGGGAUGCAUGAGGCUCUGAAGCUUGCAGAAAAGCCAGAAUUUGUUCUGUAAGGUCACUCAUCCUUUACUAUGAUAAUGUGUUGGUUUAUCACGUUAGCUUUUUCCCCACAGAUUUGAAAGAAGAGUUAUAGGAAGAACCAGGCUUCUUGAGGACUGUUAAUGCAGUCAUCAAGACACUGGGAGGUAGCAGUGUAGGGCCCACCUGUGAGCCUGGAAAAACAAGACCACCAUCUGAAGAAUUUGGGUGUAAGAGGAAUACGAGAAAGGAGGAGAGUAAAAUAUGGUGCAGUAUGUAUGAGCUGCUAGUGAGGAAAGAGCAAAGUUGGUCUAACCCACCUGUUUGGCCCAAACAACUGAAGGUCUGAAUGUUGGAUGCAUCUUGUAUCCUAGAGAUUCUUUGCUAUAAUAAAGACCUGAGAAUG